AAGGCUGCGGGGGGUGAACCUCCUAAGAGGGCGAGCGCUCCCGACAUGCCCCGCGGCGCGCCAUUAACCGCCAGAUUUGAAUCGCGGGACCCGUUGGCAGAGGUGGCGGCGGCGGCAUGGGUGCCCCGACAUUGCCCCCUGCCUGGCAGCCCUUUCUCAAGGACCACCGCAUCUCUACAUUCAAGAACUGGCCCUUCUUGGAGGGCUGCGCCUGCACCCCGGAGCGGAUGGCCGAGGCUGGCUUCAUCCACUGCCCCACUGAGAACGAGCCAGACUUGGCCCAGUGUUUCUUCUGCUUCAAGGAGCUGGAAGGCUGGGAGCCGGAUGACGACCCCAUAGAGGAACAUAAAAAGCAUUCAUCUGGUUGCGCUUUCCUUUCUGUCAAGAAGCAGUUUGAAGAAUUAACCCUCGGUGAAUUUUUGAAACUGGACAGAGAAAGAACCAAGAACAAAAUUGAUGUGACUGGGAAGCUCUGGUUUCAGUGUCCUGUGUCUAUUCUUUAUUUCCAGGCAAAGGAAACCAACAAUAAGAAGAAAGAAUUUGAGGAAACUGCAAAGAAAGUGCGCUGUGCCAUCGAGCAGCUGGCUGCCAUGGACUGAGGCCUCUGGCUGGAGCUGCCUGGUCCCAGAGUGGUUGCACCACUUCCAGGGUUUAUUCCCUGGUGCCACCAGCCUUCCUGUGGGACCCUUAGCAAUGCCUUGGGAAAGGAGAAGAUCAAUAUUUCCCAAUUAGAUAUUUCAGCUGUAUCUUGUUUUGUCUUGAAAGUGGCACCAGAGGUGCUUCUACCUGUGCAGCGGGUGCUGCUGAUAACAGUGACUGCCUCUCUCUCUCUCUUUUUUUUUUUUUUUUUGGCUCAUUUUUGUCUUCUUGAUUCCCGGACUUACCAGUUGAGAAGUGGGGGAGGAAGAAGGCGGUGUCCGUUUUGCUAGAGCUGAUGGCUUUGUUCACUUGGGCAGAGCCUUCCACAGUGAAUGUGUCUGGACCUCAUGUUGUUGAGGCUGUCACACAGUCCUGAGUGUGGACUUGGCAGGUGCCUGUUGAAUCUGAGCUGCAGGCUCCUCAUCUGUCAUGCCUGUGCUGCCUCAGAGGCCACUUUUUUUUUUUUUUUGGUAGAUGCAUGACUUGUGUGUGAUGAGGAGGGGAAUGCAGACAGUCUCUGGCUCCUCUACUGUUUCACAACGUGUCUUUCUUAUUUUGUUUGAAUUGUUAAUUCACAGAAUAGCACAAACUACAAUUAAAACUAAGCACAAAGCCAUUCUAAGUCAUAGGGGAAACGGGGUGAACUUCAGGUGGACUUGGAGACAGAAUAGAGCGAUAGGAAGCGUCUGGCAGAUACUCCUUUUGCCACUGCUGUGUGAUUAGACAGGCCCAGUGAGCUGCGGGGCACAUGCUGGCUGCUCCUCCCUGAGAAAAAGGCAGUGGCCUGAAUCCUUUUUAAAUGACUUGGCUCGAUGCUGUGUGGGACUGGCUGGGCUGCUGCAGGCCGUGUGUCUGUCAGCCCGACCUUCACAUCUGUCACGUUCUCCACACGGGGGAGGGAUGCAGUCCGCCCAGGUCCCCGCUUUCUUUGGCAGCAGCAGCUCCCACAGGGCUGAAGUCUGGCGUAAGAUGAUGGAUUGGAUUCGCCCUCCUCCCUGUCACAGAGCUGCAGGGUGGAUUGUUACAGCUUCGUUGGAAACCUCUGGAGGUCAUCUCGGCUGUUCCUGAGAAAUAAAAAGCCUGUCAUUUCAAACACUGCUGUGGACCCUACUGGGUUUUUAAAAUAUUGUCAGUUUUUCAUCGUCGUCCCUAGCCUGCCAACAGCCAUCUGCCCAGAUAGCCGCAGUGAGGACGAGCAUCCUAGCAGAGACGCAGUUGUCUGGGCGCUCACCAGAGCCACGAACCCCAGACCUGUUUGUAUCAUCCCGGCUCCUUCCGGGUAGAAACAACUGAAAAUGCACUUCAGACCCACUUACUUCUGCCACAUCUGAGUCGGCCUCAGACUUUUCCCUCUAAACUUGGAGAAUAUCACAGUGGUUUUUGUUAGCAGAAAAUGCACUCCAGCCUCUACUCAUCUAAGCUGCUUAUUUUUGAUAUUUGUACCAGUCUAUAAAUGGAUGCUUCACUUUAAUAACUUGCUUAUAAAUUGACUUUGUAGAGAAGCUGGAAAAAAUGGUUUUGUCUUCAGCUCCUUUGCACGCCAGGCGGUGAUGUGGAUCUCGGCUUCUGUCAGCCUGUGCUGGGGGCGGGGCUGAGCGGGAGCCACCCCUCUCAGCCUGCCUGCUAUGGCUUUUCCUUAAAGGCCAUUCUUAAAACCAGACCCUCAUGGCUGCCAGCACCUGAAAGCUUCCUCAACAUCUGUUAAUAAAGCCGUAGGCCCUUGUCUGAGGGCAACCACUCAGACUUUCUUUCAGA